AUGGCGCCCCCAGCAGUUAUCGGUUCCCAGAAGCCCGGCGCGACCGAUACCACAGCGAUGGAACAGAAGAUUGGCCAGGCCACCUCCGUUGUCCUACCACUUCUAGAAUUUGGCGCACUGGGCUACGAAACAUAUGUUGUGGUCUACUUAAUAUGCGUCCAGUACCUCAUGAACCCUUCGGAGGACAUACAGCGAGAUUUCGACAUUCGGCCACGGCGCUCCACCGGAAUUGCACUCAUCGUCGUAUACGCUAUCCUCCUCCUCUUCCUCACGAUAGCAUGGCUGCGCCUCAUACAACUGAUAUGGUCGAAACCAGACCUUAUACCCCUCGGCGACCCGUCGCUGGAAAAGGCAGAUGCGAGUACAAAGGGCUUUGGGUUCGAUCAAUACGAUGCGUAUAUUUGCGAUUAUCAAGGAAUGCCACUCUGGUGUGAGAAAUGUCAUAAUUGGAAGCCGGACAGGACACACCACUGCAAGGAACUAGGGCGCUGUGUGAAGAAGAUGGAUCAUUACUGUCCUUGGGCCGGCGGAAUCAUCGCAGAGACUACGCACAAGUUCUUCAUGCAAUUUGUAGCGUACGCGUCGCUAUACACGACAUUCACUUGGAUCGUGGUAGCUAUCUUCUUUGCAGAGAGAAGUUCCAAGAUGGGCUCACGGCCAGGAACCUGGAUCGGCGCCCUUGCAACCGCCGUUUUGUUUAGCAUCUUUACGUUCACAAUGACCUGUAUGACAGGCUGGAAUCUGAUGAUAAACUUUACCUCAGUCGAAGGCAUCCAACGCGGCGGCAUUCACAACAUCGCCUUCCUCAUAUCCCAUUCCCCUGCGAACCCCAAUAACGCAACUGCACUCCCUGCGACCCCGCCAACGCCCUCCAGUAAACAUCAUGAUAAGAGAUCUAGCAGAGACAUGGCGGGAGAAAGAGAAGACGAGAAGGAAGACUGGCCGAUCCUGAUUAGCUUCACACGCCCGUCGAACCGCUCCUACGUCGUAAUGCAAACCAAACCCAUGGAACACCCGUGGUAUACAACCCUCAUGCAAGGAUGGAAAGACACCAUGGGCGCAAACAUACUGGAGUGGCUACUGCCCUUGCUCCAAUCUCCGUGUAAACAGAAAAGUCACAAGGGCGAGUUUGAGUGGGGCGAAGUGGUUUAUGAUAUGGCGAGAAUGUACGAGGAAAAGCAUCCUGGAACCAGUCUUGCGAUUCUUGAUGAGAGUAGGACGUCAAGGAGGCGACGUUGA